AUGGCGCGCUCUCGAGCUGCGUCAAGUGCUGAUGCACCAAAGGAGCCCCAUGGGGUGUCCCUGAAAGUAUUACGGCUCUCCCGACCGUCAUUGUCUUAUCAAACCCCUCUCCCCGGAGCAAAUACAAAGAUAUCCGCAAAGGCCUCACUGAGCUACCCUUCUGCCGAUUCCGAUGACCAGUUCAUAAUCACGCCUAUCCUUACCCUCCCUCCAGCAUUUGGCUCGGUCUACGUCGGAGAAACCUUUGCUUGUACCCUUAGCGCAAAUAAUGAAAUCGGUGGUGAUGAAACCGGGCGGGUCGUGACAUCUGUGCGCAUUGUGGCGGAGAUGCAAACACCAUCAUCCGUAGCACCUCUGGACCUUGAGCCAUCGGAUGAUUCGGCGCACUCCGAUGGGCUACAAAUCGGCGAGUCAUUGCAGAAAAUUGUUCGCUAUGAUCUGAAAGAAGAAGGAAACCAUAUUCUUGCAGUCAGUGUGAGCUAUUCAGAGACCAGGAUCGGCCAGGAUUCACAGGCUGCCAGUGGUCGAGUCCGGACCUUUCGCAAACUGUACCAAUUUGUUGCGCAGCCAUGCCUUAGCGUUCGGACCAAGGCAUCGGAGUUACCGCCAUUGGAGGUGAACAAUAAGUCGCUUGGUCCAUAUGGGAAAACACGUUUAGUCCGCUUUGCCUUGGAGGCACAACUGGAAAAUGUGGGGGAUGGAGCUGUGGUGAUCAAGCAAACCCGGUUAAACCCUAAGCCACCAUUCAAAUCUCAAUCGCUAAACUGGGAUGCUCUGGACGAAUCUUCGGUACCUCCGACAUUAAACCCGCGCGACGUGUUGCAGAUUGCAUUUUUGGUGGAGCAGGAAGAAGGCUGUCAGGAAGGCCUCGAAGCGCUUCAUAAGGAUUUAAGGCGAGACGGGCGUGCCAUUCUGGGCCAGUUGUCAAUUGAAUGGCGCGGCGCCAUGGGGGACAAGGGUUUCCUGACCACCGGCAACCUUAUGAGCCGGAAACGCACAUGA